UCAUUGCAUCGUCAGUUUGUUAUAUAAUAAUAUUAAAUUUAAAAUGUCGUGGUUUAUAAUAACUUCUGAGCGAGAUGGCCAACUUUUAGUUUUGGAUAAUUUUAUACAUCGUAUUGAUAGAACAAGAGGUUCUAACCACUAUUAUAAAUGUAUUGAUAAUUGUGGAGGUCGAGCAAUACACAGAGAAGAUUCCAAUAUUGCUAUAAUGUCAAAAACGCAUAACCAUCCGACGCAUGGAAUCCAAUUGGCUGAACGUGGUUUUCGAAAUAAGCUUAAAGACGAAGUGAUAACAAAUCCCACAAAAACCAUACCACAGACAUUUAAUGAAAUCCGAAGAUCAAUUAUGGCUUCAGGAAUACAGGGUUCUACGGAAGCCGAAGUAAAGGAUGCUUUACAAAUUUAUACCAGUGUAAAAAGUUCGGCAUACAGGAAACGUAUGAAAUUAAUGCCAACGUUACCUAAAAAGCUGUCUGAAUUAGAUAUUGAAGGUGAUUGGCGAUCAACGAAUGAUGGAAAAGAUUUUCUUUUAGGAUGUGAUGGUACGGAUAAUAAAAUCGUUAUAUUUGGUACUGAAGGAUUUUUACGACGUCUUUGUUCUGGUAAUACAGUUUUUAUGGAUGGCACAUUUAAGUCAGCACCAAAAUUAUUUACACAAAUUUAUACCUUACACUGCUUUGUUAUAGGAGUGAUGAUACCUCUAGCAUACGCAUUGUUGCCCAAUAAAAGUACAUCGACAUAUUCGAGAAUGUUUAAAAUAAUAAAAGAAGCGGCAUUAAGAAAUGGAUUAGAGUUUAAACCUGCUUGUUUUCAAAUAGAUUUUGAAAUUGGAAUGAUCGUCUCCAUUCGGCAGUGCUUUGGUUCUGAUACACCCAUAAAAGGGUGUUUAUUUCACUUUGGGCAAUCUAUUUGGCGUAAAGUUCAAAGUCUGGGAUUAGCUUACGAUUAUACACAUGACGAUAAUAUUAAAAAAGUUGUUCGUCGUCUUUGUUCAUUAGCCUUAGUUCCGAUUGAACAAAUUGAUAAUUGUUGGACAGAAAUUCAUAGUGAAGCACCACAGUCAGAAAGUAAAUAUAACUUUUUACGUGUGCUAAAAUUAUUAAAUUAUUUUACCGAAACAUACUUGGAUCCAGAUAUUUGUCUAUUUAAUAGAAAUAUGUGGAAUCAUUUUAAUACAGAUGGAGCAAGGACCAUAAACCACCUUGAAGGAUGGCAUGCAGCUCUUAAUAAAGCUGUUGGUAGACCAAAGCCAAAUAUUUUUAUUUUAAUCAAAGAGCUAAAAAACCAACAAUCAAACUUCGAGCUUGACCUCAUAGCACAAAAAAACUGCAAUAGACCACAAAAGAUGAAAACUAAAUAUAGAAAAUUAGAAGAAAGGUUAUCAUUUGCAAAAGAUAGGUUACUGAAUGGUACGAUUUGUAUUUUGGAAUACUUAGAUGCAAUAAUGUUUCAUUUUCAUUUAGAAAACGGAAGCUUAUAA